AUGGCGGAAUUUUCUCCUUUCUCUUUCAUUCUCACUCUUUUAAUCAUCGCCGGAACCACCAAUUUUCCCCCGCCCGCCACCGCAAGGAUCGCCUCCUAUUCCAGAGAUGAAGCCUCAUGUACUAUGUGCGAUGAAUGCGAAAACCCUUGCCAACUUUCUCCUCCGUUGCCAUCGCCACCGCCGCCAGUACCAAGCGAUACGAAGUGCCCCCCACCACCUUCUCCGCCGCCAAGCUCCGGUGGCAAUUCUCCUUCUUUUGUUCCCUAUUAUUCCCCUCCGCCACCGCCAGCAACUCCCGCCGGUGGCUAUGGCUACACUACUCCGCCUCCUCCAAAUCCGAUUCUCCCUUACUUUCCAUUCUAUUAUUAUAAUCCACCGCCUCCUGGCCAAAAUUCAUUGUCGCUUCAAUUACAGAUAAACUGUUUUCACAUGUUCGAUAGUCAAACAUCAAGUGUGGGUGAGGAUUAUGACGAUUAG